UUAUAGGAAAUGUAUUUGGAUUCAAAGCUCAACGAUGCUCUAAGUUUCGAAGAUCUGCGAAUUUCUGCCGCUUACUAUUUUAAAACUUUCCAAGGCCCGCCCCCACGGAAUCCAAGUUGAGAGAGAUAAAUUGAACAGCUAUGAUUAUCUUUUGCUUGGAUGUACUACUAUUAAUUGAAGUUUUCCGCUAAAAACUAUGGCAUCAGCCUUUAACAGAAACUAAAAGGGAAAGAAAAAUCUUCAAAUCACUGAAAUUGACCACCUAUCUGAAUCUGGAGGUUUCUCCUAUGGCGAAUCACGAAAGAAUCCAUCUGAAUUUAGAGGUUUCUCCUGUGGAGAAUUACACAGGGGUGGCUGCGGCCGAUGAUAUCCCUGACGAUAUUAUUCAUCACAUUCAAUCUUUCUUGGAUGGCCGCCAAGCCGCCCGAACGGCGGUGUUGUUGAAGUCCUGGCACCGCGCAUGGUGCACGCGCCCCGACCUCCAUUUCCGAGACCAGGAUUUCCGAUAUCCAUUGAUCGAUUUCCCGGAUUUCGCAAUCAACACUUUGCAGAGGUACGAAGAUCUCCAGCUGAAGAUCUACACUUUCCGUCUAGAGAUGGUGGUUAUUGAAGAUCAUGAGCUAGCUACAGAAUUGAUUGUGAAAGCUAUCAAAUUGGGGGCUGCUGAACUCAAACUUCAAAUCCGGUCAAGCGGUCAAACGCUGUUUACUUUACCAAAUGAGCUUCUUGACUCCGAAACCCUAGCUGUACUAUCUGUUCACGGAUGCUUAAUUGAUCUCCAAUUUGGGGAGAAACAGGUGAGUUUGUCCAGUCUUAAAACCCUUAAUUUGUCGUAUGUGAUGGCAUAUGGUGAUUUAUUCUAUGACUUGGUUUCCAAAUGCACAUCUCUUGAGAAAAUUACGUUGGAUACCACCACAAGCUAUCCAACAUUGGAUAGCACCAAAAUCUUUCCGACCAGGGAUACAGCCACCAGACGACUUGUCCCAUCUUCAUCUUGUGAUAGUAUGAUCAAACUGCAUAAGCUCAAGUUUUUGCAAUUCAAUCGUUUGGAUAGCAGAGACAACAUAUAUAGGCAUGAUUUGUGGCCUAAUUUUACUUGGCUGAAAGAACUGGUGAUUUGGGCUUUCAACUCUGACUAUGACUACUGGAAUGGCAUAAGUAUCUGCAGCCGAUCACUCGAGAUCAUAAGCCUAUGCACGUAUGGUAAUAUGAUUAUGAAUGGGAAGUUUGAUGUUCCGAAUAUUCGCAAGUUUAAGGUGGUGGGUGUUCAUGUGCCGCAGCUGGUUGAGUUCAAGACAGGUAGUAACAAGGAAUGGGAGUCAGAUAUACAAAUAAAGUGUACUCAGUUUACUACUAUAUGGUUCUCUGCCUUGAGUAACCUCCUGAGGAUGUUGAGCCCAUCCCGAAUCUCUCUCUCUGUCUCUAUGGCCUAUUUAGAUCAUGCACGAUAUACUGUAUCUGUUGGAAAUGGUUCACCGAUACCCAUAGUUGAGAAUUUGUUGAUAUCUGGUCAUGAGCAACAACACUUCUCUGUUUUCCUAACUUCUUUGUUCCGGAGCUGUCGUCCCAACUGCGUAAGCGUUGACACACGCUUUGUGAUUCAAUUGGAUCUUGAAGCUAAGUUUCAACGCCUGGGCUAUCGUUCAUAUGGAAAACAUGAUUUAAGUAAUCAUCAGAAAUACCUCGCUAAGUUCCAACGGAUAUAGGCGUGGGAGAUGAGGAGAAAGGAGUUCGUGCACUACAAGAAUUUGAUUUCUGAAUCCUCCUUUUUCUUUUCCUUUUUUUUGAGGGAAAAUUUCUGAAUCCUCCUAAACAUCGAUUUAGAGAUGGAGUGUUUUAUGUUCAUUGUUGAUUUAUUUUUCCUGAAAACUAAUUUCGUGCUCUACAUUUGAGGCCAAACUAUUUCAUGCUACUAAA